UCCUCUUCCUCAAAGUAAGAAUAUCCUGAAACCCUAAUCGAUCGAUCAUUCUAACCACAAUAGCGACGGCCACCGAUUCUCCGUUUCUUUAGAUUUCUCUGUCGUCUGUCUCCUAACUGCCCAGACUCGCAUACUCCCAGCAAACCCAGCCACCAGCUACAAUGGGUAAGAAGAAGUUCAUAGAGAAGAAGAAGUCGGCCACUUUUCAGCUUAUCUCUCGAGACUCCUCCGAUCCUAAUUACACCACUGACCCGUCAGGCGAUCGAGUUUUCGUUCGAGUUGACAACAACCGUUACAACCCUGAAUCAUUCUUCAGUGGAGAUGGUUCACAGGCCUCCCAAUUUGUGAAUGACCCAGAUUCAAUAUUCGCUGAUGCUCCUGAUGAAUACGUUACCUCUGCGCCCAACUCCAUUCCCGAUGAUGUAAGGGAAGAGAUUUUGGCGUUGGGGUUUCCAGAUGACGGGUAUAAUUAUCUCAUGCACAUGAGAGAAAUAAAAAACAGUGGAGGUGGUUCGGCUUAUUAUCAAAAUCCCAAAGCCGAAUUCCAACCGCUUCCUAAUGAUAUAAAGGCAUAUGAUGCCUCGAGAGUAAAAGUAUCAGUAACAGAAGAUGAUGCAAAUGUGUCUUCUGUUUAUAAUGUUGCUUCUAGAACUGUUGGUGUUAGAAUUCAAAAAGUGAUUGAUCCUGAAGUAGCUGCAUUGCUUGACGAUAAUGCUAUAUCGGUGUUUGAUUCUGAUUCGGAAGACUUGGAUGAGGAUUUCGUUGUAAAGGCUAACCUUCCGGAAGAUGGCGAGGAAGUGGAAGAAGAUGAGAACUUGAGUUUAAUUGAGAAACUUGAAUCACAUAAUAAAAGAUCCAAUUUAGAAUCCUCAGAACAUUUUGUUGAAUCGGGCAGUGGAGAUGAACCCAUUAGUAAUGUUGAAUCAGGCAUGGAUCAGAACCCAAGAGUUCGUCGCCUUCUCGAUGAACAGUUUGAUCUGCUUCAACUACAAGAAUAUGGUACAGAUGGAGAAUAUGAGUACGAUGAUGAUUUUGAAAAUCAUGAUGAGUCCCUUGUGGAAAAGCUGAAUUAUUCCCUGAAGGAACAUGUGAAAGAAGAUUUUAAUCUGGUCGAGGUCUAUAGAGUCCCUGCAGACCUUUUGCACGAGAAAGAUCAAACUUUGGAAGAAACAGAGACAGCUGCUGAUGUCAUCCGUAAAUGCAUGGAAUAUGGAAAGAAGUAUGAGAAUGAGGAUGAAGUUGUUGUUUUUGUGGAAGAGGAAAGCAGCGACGAGUCUGAAAAGUGGGAUUGCGAGACAAUUGUGACGACUUUUUCGAAUCUGGACAACCAUCCUGGGAUAAUUAGUGCACCUGAAGGCAAGAGAAAGAAGAAAAAAUUAGUUUCAGAAGUAUUCAAUAACGGUAGCAGCGGCCAUAUCAUAACUCUUGGUGGAAAAGAGAAGCUCCCUUUGGAAUUCUUGCCUCACAGAAUCAGGAAACAGGAUGUUGAAAUGGGAGUUGAAAAGGAAAAGAGUGUAUCGGGGUUGGGGUUGUUAAGAAAGAAACACGGGCAGGAAACCAAGGAAGAAAAGAAAGAGCGGAAGGCUGCUGUUAAAGCCGAGAAAAGCGAAGCUCGUAAAAUGAAGAAAGAGAUGAGGUGUUUAUACAAGUCAGAAGGGCAUCAAGCUCAAAAAGUUGCUGCUUCCAGCGGUCCAUCUUCCAUUCAUCUCAUGUGAUAAUGUCCAAGAAGAAUCAAGGAAAGGUUUUACUGUUUUUUGUUUAAAAGUUUUGUAGUUUUAUAUAUUUUUACUUCUGCUUUCUUUAUGGACAUUGUGUUAGGUUGUCAAGAGUUUUGUGUUACUUGUGACCUCCAUUGUUGCUUCACAAACUUUAAAGCUUAUGUUAUAGUUUCUUCUAUUCAAUUUUGAACUUUAUUAUUU